AAAUAAAAGAAAUAAAAAAUAACGCCUGUUUGGAGAGAGAGAAAGAUAGGGAGAGAGAGAAGGAGAGAGAAGCAAGGAGAAGAAUGGGCGAGGAAGCAGACCCAACAAUGAAGAAGAAGAAGAAAAAGGGACGUCCUUCUCUUCUAGAGCUUCAAAAACGCUCCCUCAAACAACAACAGCUACAGCAAACAACCCCUAUUUCUCUUAAAAACCCUAAUCCUCUCAAUUCCAAUUCUGCCCUCCCUAACCGUCGAUCCGCUCGCCGGAGCUCUAAUUCCUAUGCACCGGAGUGGAUUGACGGAGACGACGACGAAGACGAUGAGCGUAAAGAGAAGAAGCAUAAGCUCUUGCGCGGAUUGAAUUCUCAGAAAAAUAACAAUCAGAAUUCCAAUUCGUCGAGCCCUUCGAAUUUGCACGGCUCUGAUUCGAAUGCUGGUGGCGGUAAUCAAGAGGACGGAAUUAGAAGGCGCAAGAUCAGCGCCGUCCGUCUUGGAUCUGAUGAUUUGGGUGAAAAGGUUUUGAAAGGGACAGACACUAUUCAUGGGUCAUCUGUGGAGCCUGGUCCCACUACACCUUUGCCAGACAAAAAGUUGUUGGUCUUCAUUCUUGACAGACUUCAAAAGAAGGACACCUAUGGGGUUUUCUCUGAGCCAGUGGAUCCAGAAGAGCUUCCUGAUUACUUUGACAUCGUUGAGAAUCCCAUGGAUUUUUCUACAGUGAGGAAAAAGUUAGAUGAGGGAGCCUACGCCCACUUGGAACAAUUUGAGAAAGAUGUUCUUUUGAUAUGCUCAAAUGCAAUGCAGUACAACCCUUCCGAUACUAUUUACUUCCGACAGGCAAGGGCCAUGCAAGAGCUUGCAAAGAAGGACUUUGAGAAUCUUAGGCAAGAUAGUGAUGAUAGUGAACCACAAACUAAGGUUGCGAGGAGAGGGAGGCCACCAGCCCUAGGCAAGCUGAAAAAGGCACUUGAGAGGUCUCCAAUUGACCGUGUUGGUCCUGAAGCUUCCUCGGAUGCAACUCUUGCCACCGGAGGAGAUCACAAUAACUUGUCCAAUGGUUACAAUCUCAGAAAAAGUUCUUCAUACAAGUACCAGCCUGGUGAUGCAUUUGUCCGGGCCUCUUACAGCAGUGAAAAUUAUUCUACCUGGUUAUCUGAAUGGGAAAAUGAAUUUCCAGCAUCUGUUGUAAAGGCUGUGAUGAAGUAUGGAAAGAAACCGUUUGUGCUAGAUGAGAACAAGCGUGACACCUAUAAGCAUCCAUUGGGCUCCCAUGAGCCAUCCAUCUUAUCGACCUUUGAAGGAGAAUUAAAGCAAUUAGUGGUGGUAGGUUUAAGCUCUGAGCACGGUUAUGCAAGAAGUCUGGCUCGAUUUGCUGCUGAUCUUGGCCCUGUUGUUUGGAGAAUUGCUUCGAAGAAAAUUGAAAGUGUUUUGCCAACAGGACUUGAGUUUGGCCCUGGGUGGGUAGGAGAAAAUAAAGCAAUGGAGAAGCAAAAGAUUUUAAACAACCUUGUAUCUGAUAACCAUUUAAGCAGAUUUCAACCUGCUGCUUCUUCAAGUAGAGAGGCAGCAUGGAAUAGAGAAGGCCUGCCAGAAACUGUUGGCGGGUUAAAUCCUCAAAAUGAGUUAGCUACACUGAACAGUGGUGCUGGUGGGAUGAAAUCCAUGCCUUCUCUCCAGAUUCAGCAGAAACCAAUAAUUCAUCCUGAUAUGAAUGGUUUCAGUGGAGGAUUUGGAUAUAACUCUUCACCUCAACCGGGGAUGGCACGAACUGUGGCACCGACAGGAAAGCUCAAUUUGGAGCAGACUGCAGUGCCUUCCCAAAUGUUUGGUGUGGUUCCAACUGGCAACAGUGCCUUCAUUUCAGUGCCUGGGAAUGAUUUUAAUACAAAUAAAGGUAUGCUGUCAGAAACUUCAAGUGGAUUAUUGCAGCCUGGAAUUUCUCCAGCCGUAGGCUCCAGCUCUGACUCUCGUACAUUUGGCAAUGUGGGGUUUGGUGGCAAAUCAUCUUGGCAGGGAUUUUUACCAUAUCAGCAACAAGGUACUGUUCCAUUUCCACCAGAUCUGAAUGUUGGAUUCUUGGCACCUGGUUCACCUACUUCGAGUGUGCCCAUCGGUUCACCACGGCAGCCAGAUUUAGCAUUGCAGCUCUGAGGUGGAUUGUAUUGGAUCAUUUUCCUUCUAAUCAGACCCGGUGGAUAAUGUAGUACUAGGUUUGAACAUUUUCCAGUAAAAAAAAAAAAAAACAUAGAAUAAGAAAUUGGUGAAGUGGCAAGUCAUCUUUUAACCAAGGCUGGCUUGCAACUCAUUACUGGAAUGAUUCAUAACAUCAAAUUGCGUAGGGGAGGAAUUAUGUACAGAUUAAUGUAUCAUUUUUUCUAGGUUUAAACCACAGUUUUAUACUAGUAUGGAACAGUUGAAUUCUUAA